UCUAAAGAACACGCACACAUCUGACGAGAAAAAGGUAUGCAAGAGCCCGAAGAGGUACACCUAAAAAUCCCUGCAGCACCGUAUGCGUGCCCAAAAACUGAACUGCACGUCCGUCCCACCGUUCGACUACAGUAGCAUCACCCCCUCCCUGUCCCACUCUAUACCAAAACGGAAGAUUGCCGACUA